AUGUGCGGCAACGUGACAUGGUGUCCAAACGAAGCCACGACAGCAAUCGAGGUUCAGGGUGAUCCCGCCCCAAUGAUGAUCUCAGCGAGUGCGACAUCUGCAUGUGCCAUACCGACCUCCGCGGACUUGCGUCAGUGCACGAAGAUUGCUGCUGGGCCGGUCGUCAUCACUGAGGCUUCUGGGGUGGGAGACAUAGGGACUGCUGUUGCGAGGAGGCAGGAUGCGGCGGAGACGGGAUCAAUGGCAUCGGGGGGUGCUGUCUCUUGUAUCUGCGGAAGCAGCAUGACACGGGAGGUUUGGCCUGUGACGUGUGGGAGCCAGACGUGGUGUCCGAACGAGGCUACCAGUGCUGUUGAGGUCACUGGGACGCCGGCGCCUGCGACGUUGACCUGA